GAGCAUUAUCAUCUUACGAGCUUCUUUGCUACUGAUCUUUGUCGACCGCUUAGCAGCCGCCCAGUGCACGCACAUGCGCAAGACUUAUAUUGGUUCGCUCGCAAUUGCAGCUAUUAGUCCUCGUAGUAUCCUGGAAGCAAUAGCUCACUGGUAACAUUUAUGGAUUCAGUUGCGAGGCUGUUCAGAGUGGGUUAACCCGAUAGCUCGACCACGAUGGAGUUUGUGAAUGCCGUGCUAAGUCCACCGAAGGAAGCUAUGACGGCAUUUGCUCUUGGAGCCGCCACGUCAUUGAGCGGCGGGGAAGUGAGGGAGGAUGGGAAGGUAGCUUAUGGAUUCUCUCUUCUGCGGGGAAAACGCGGCUCAAUGGAGGACUUCCACUGCGCCCAGUACAAGAAGGAUCCGCGCACUGGCCAGAUCGUGGGCCUGUUUGGAAUCUUCGACGGCCACGGUGGACCCAACGCUGCCGACUAUGUGCGCACCAACCUGUUUGUCAACAUGAUGCAAAGCCAGAAGUUCGUCAGCGAUCCGGCUGCCUGCAUAACUGAGGCGUACGAGACCACGGACACUCAGUACUUGCGGCAGGACAUCAACAAUGGCCGUGAUGACGGCUGCACGGCCGUGACGGCGGUGCUGGUGGGUCAGCGGCUGCUGGUGGCGAAUGUGGGCGACUCGCGGGCUGUGCUGAGCAGAGGCGGCAAAGCGGUGGCGCUGUCGGUGGACCACAAGCCCAACGUGAAGGAGGAGCGCUCGCGCAUCGAGAGCGCCGGCGGCGUGGUGGUGUGGGCAGGCACCUGGCGUGUGGGCGGCGUGCUGGCGGUGUCCCGCGCGUUUGGGGACCGGCCUCUCAAGCGGUACGUUUGCGCCACGCCCGCGCUGGCGGACGAGCGGCUGACCAGCGAGGACGAGUUCCUGCUGCUGGCCAGUGACGGGCUGUGGGACGUCAUGACCAAUCAGGAGGCGGUCACGCUGGUGCGUGAGGAGAAGGACCCCGAGACGGCAGCCAAGCGGCUGACGGAGGAGGCGUACACACGUGGCAGCAACGACAACAUCAGCUGCGUAAUUAUCCGCUUCACUUGAAUGAGCUUGGCCACGGUGGUUCGCCGCACGGACUGCGGUGUGGUGACCUGCUGGCCCUCACCGUGCGAAUGGUCGCUGGCUCAGGCUGGCUCAAUUGGACUCCUACCGACGGACUUGCAACGUGACCAGGCAUGAUAGGCGCUAGUUGUGGCGGAGAUGUAUGGCGGCUUACUUGAAACUUCAUGCUAACUAGUGUAGUGGCAGAUUAGUGCCGUCCGUCAGCAGGUGACCGUGUCAGCCAACGAGUGCGGAGUGAUCGGCACGCGUGUAGUGGUGCUGAAGCCUGAAGGAGUCCUGGGUCAGCGCCCCGCGGUAACCAGGCACGGCAUACAGCAAACGGCUGUUAUCCAAUAAGAUGACGUACUGAGCAUCAUGCAUCGUUGUUCAUAAGGAAACAAACCCAAGUCACUAGAGACAGGUUGCCGUUGAUGGUCUGGUGUCUUAAUGGUCAAGCUUUUGAGACACAGGCGCAGGCGGGCAUUGGUGAACCGUGGGAGGCUACUUCGGUGUACCCAUAUCUGCAUAUAAAC